CACACAAGCCGUGACACGCUGAGAAGGGUGGCUCCGCCUCCUCUGCAGUGUAGCGACAGCCAGGAAGGGCAGCAAUGGAGGAGCCAGCAAUGCAGCAAGAAAAAAUAGAGGCAUCUCAGGAACAUGCGGAUGACGGAGGGAAGGCAGACUGGAAAAAUGAGUGCUCUCUUUCCACUUUCCUCAAGCAUUCCUGCCUCCUGUGUUGGUCAUCUCCAAGGGAUGCUGCAGACGUCAUGGAAACAGAUGAGAGAAUCCUCACCAAGAAAGCAGAGAUUAGAGUAAGAAGACCGCAGCACCUAGCACUGGAGCUGGAGAAUGCAGUGACAGUGGAGAGUCUGGAGCUUCAGGAGCAGCAGUCUGACCGGAAGGAACUGGAGGACACCCUGCUGAAGUUGGACAAACACAAAGACAGUCUGAUUCAGCAAAUAAAAGAAACCAGACAGCUCUGCUAUGAAGAAAGUCAACAGAUCCUGUCUUUGCAAGCUGAAGAAGUGCAAAAAGAAAACCAGGUGGAGGAGUACGAAAGAGAACUUGCCAGGGCGAGGUGGAGACUGAAAAGGCUGAGGGAAGAAGUGAAAAAGGCAAAGAAGAAGGUGGAGGAGGCUGGAGAAAGAAACACACCUUUGCAGGACUCAAUUCGACAGUCGUAUGAGGAAAUACUGCAGGAGGAAAACACUCUGUGUUCCUUGUCAGGAGGCAUGGUAACUCCAGAGAGCAUGUUGGAGCAGUCAGCUUCCCCUGCAGACACAGCUGAUGAUGAUCCACUUCCCAUGAGGCCAUGGGGAAGGAGCCAGUCACUGCCUGCAUAUGCAGACCUUAUUAUGGCUGCUGAUGGAUUACCUUUCUGCAACAAUCUCGCAAGCACCAGAGAAGAACAGGACAGUGGGACCAGUUCAUCAAAGGACAGAUCAGACAUUGAGGAGGAGACAGAUGAAGGGGAGAUCCAGAUUGAAGGGGACCUAGAACGAAAGGAUGAAGACUAUGAUCUAAACCCAGGAGCGCUAAACCAGCUGGACUUCUUCAAGGACAACCCCUUCACUCACUGCCAGAGCGAUCAUUAUCUCUUCAAUGAGGAUCUGUUCCCUAAAACCGACUCCUCUGGUGGAUUUGCGUCUGACCCUUUCAAGGGAAGCAACCCGUUUGCUGCAGACAUGCUAUUUUCCGAGGCAAACGCUUCCUCCACUGAUGAGAGGAUAGAAGGUGUCUGUGAAGAGGCAGAAACCAGCCUGUCCUGUGCAGAAAACAAAGCUUCAACAGGAACUCAGUGCUUUGAGUCCGAAUUUCCAGAUGAAGACAGCGACAUUGAGAUCAGUUACAGCAGAGAGGACCUGGACGCCAUUGCGUUGGCGCAAGAUUCCCAGGGAUUUAAACCCAUUCAGAGCUCAUCAGAAGAGCUGGCUCCAGAACCAGUGCAGGGCUGGAGGUCCCAGGGCCAGUACUCUGUGGAAUCAGACCCUAAUGGGUAUGAACUGGACCUUUGUCCUGUCUCCCCACCUUCUGACAUUGAAGAAAUCAGUCUUGGAUCUCUAGGAGGUGACACUGCCACUGGAGCAACAGCAUUGCAGCAAGGUUGGAGCUCAGACCCUUUUCAGGAUGUCCCUGAAAGCAACCCAGAUGUUCCAUCAGAACCAGAUUCGACGGAGGACACAGAUCAAAAUCCACCCCAUAAUUUACCCUCAAGUUAUGAUGCAGAGCAUCCUGACACUGUCAAAGAUGAACACAACAACACUGCAACAACCCAGAACCUUGCUGCCCUGCCAGAAUCAGGUCAAAGUAGCUUUGAGUUGAACUAUGAACCAACCAGUCAAUCUUCUUACGACCCCUAUGGGUUUAAACUCAGUCCAGAGCAUUCUAGUUUGACCCUUCUAGACCCAGAUGAAGAUCAACAGAGUCCAGACUCUGUUGAAAGUGAUUUGAAUUUCCACCACGAAGCCAUGUCUUCUCAGUCACAGUUAAAAUUUGAUCUCUACAGUUUUGACAUCACUGCCUCACUCCCAGUGCAUGACUCUGACCCUUAUGGUUUCAAACUCAGCCCUGAGGAAGAGAACCAGGAGGUAAUAGAUCUUUGUGACCAUGAUAACCUGGAGGUAAUUGGACUCAGCAGUCAUGAAAAUUAUGAGAAAACAGAGCAUUUUAACAACAGCAACCAAGAUGAUCUGAAACCUUUUAACUGUGAAAAUCAAGAAGUGCUUGAGCAUUGCGGAGAAUAUCUCUUAGACCUGGGAGACUGCAGAAACAUUCCAAACCAGGAAGUGCUGGGACCAUUAAGACUUGAAAGCAGGGAGCAGCAUGCCCAUGGAAAUCAACAAGUUCUGGAUUUUUGUUACGAGAACCAGGAGGUGGUGGAGCCUUGCUCUAAUACUGACAACAAGGAACUUCCAGAACCCUGCAACUAUGAUAACCAAGAGAUGCUACUACUUUGUAGCUAUGGCAGUGAGGACCUGGUGACCUUCUCCCAGCCUGAAAAUCAGGAGGUACCAGAUUUAGAUAGCCAUGAAAACCAAGAAAUUCUGGAUUUAAGCAGCAAAGAAAACCAGGAAGUAUUUGUUUCUGAUGUCCAUUUCAGCCAGGGAUUUCCUGUUCCUAGUUGUGAUGAAAAUCAAGAACUGAUGGAUUUACACAGCCAUGUCAACCAGGAGGUUCUGGAGUUGUCUAGUAAGGACAAUCUACCUGAGGCUAACAACAACCAAUACAUCGUUAAACUAGAACACAAUCUUUGUUCCUCCAGUAACAGCUCAGAUAGUGAUCUGACAUCAGAAGACCUUGAGAGGUUGGAGCUCUUCAGCUCAAGUACCAGUGCUUCAAACACCAGGAACACCGCUACACAUGACAUGAGCUUCACUGCUAUUAGCAAUACACCACCCAAACAGGAUCCGGACAGGCUCACUUCACAACGCCAUCAAACCUUGAUGGAAGGUGACUUAGGGUCGGUGUUCAGCGCUGGUGGCUACAUCAGCUGUCCUGACGUAGCCGAGGACCUGGAGCCCUUGGAAAGAAGGCAGAGACACCCAGUAGCCGAGUGUGCACAACCAAUCAAGCCAGUUAGACCCCCUCGGCCAUCGCUCAGGGCCAAAGGAGAGGCUCCGUCGAAGGGCAUCGACCUGAAGUGAGUUUUCUCAAGUCAAUAUCCAAGGAUGCGGCUGCAGCUCUGCUGAUACAGCAAAGGCAAAACACAAGAAAACAAAGGAAUAUGAUGUAAAGUAGGACACGGACUGAUAAACGGACAUAUGUAAAUAGAACAAGGGAAAGCUGAUGGAAAAAACUCUUAUUUUUAUUUAUAAUGUUAAAUCUGUUGAUUUUUGUCAUAUGCAAAACAAGGGAAGCGUCCAUGUUGGGACCAGCCAAGUACUGAACUUUUAGGUGAUAGUAAAUGCAACCUGAUUUGUCUCUGGCUUUGUGCCUAGAUUCGUAUCAUGAAAAUAAAAAGGUACAAACUAG